AUGGUUCUCAUGCUAGCGGUUGAUCGAAAGGACAAAGAAAGUUCAAUAAAAGUCAAUCUUGGGGUUUUGAAGAGUGAAAGAAGUAGAGCCACCUCUUUUAACAAUGAGAAAACAAGGUUUAUGCAAGGUAGACGCUCUUUGAAAGGAGAGUUACAACCUUACAUAGACGACAUUGAAAGUUUGUUGAGGAACAAGAAUCAAGGCAAAAGUAACGAAGAAUCCUCAACCGAAGACAAGAAGAUGGCGGUGGUUGUGCAAGCCGAAACGAUGGGUGAUCUUGACAUCCCCACUAUUCCAGAGUCCCCAUCUUGCAUCGUACUUCCGACGGCAGCUAGGAACUACGAGCUUAAGACCAUACACUUUAACAUGAUGCCUUCUUUUCAUGGGGUUACUGAGGAGCACUUGAGGUUGAAAAUCUUCCCUUACACUAUGAAGGACAAAGCAAGGACAUGGCUUAAUGGUUUGAGGCCGGUUCCUAGUAAGGUUGCAGUUAAUAAUUACGCAGGGGGAUCUAUCCGGAAUAAGACUCCAGCAGAAUGUCAAACUUUGUUUGAUAAUCUAGCAGUUGAGACCCAACAUUCAGAGACGCGAGGUAAGCGAGCUGGUGUUUAUGAACUUAACAAUUCUGAUAUUUUUGCACCAAGAUCGCAGGUUGACGCAAUUGCUAGUAAGUUGGACAUGCUUUUAGCAAUGAAUGGGCAUACAAUUCCACAAGAGCUCUGUGCCUUAUGUCAUGUUCCUGGCCAUGCCACCGUCACAUGCCCUCAAGGAGUGGAUUUUCCGGAGUUUGUACAAGAACAAGCAAACAUGAUGAACUCUUAUAACCGGAAUCCAAGGUUUGACCCGUACUCCAACUCUUAUAACCCAGGUUUUCGAGCACAUCCUAAUUUUUCAUGGAAGAAUACCCAAAACCAAGCCAAUCCGCCAACCACCACAUUGGAGGACAUGGUGCGGCAAUUGGCUAUUGGUCAACAGAAAUUGGAGGCUCAAGUUGGUCAGAUCGCUGAAGCAUUAAGCCAAAGGGAAGCUGGGAAAUUCCCUAGUCAGACUGUUGUCAACCCAAAGAAUAAUGAACAAGCCAAGGCCAUUCAUCUCCGACGUGGUAAGGUUAUUAAUAAUGAUGUUGAUGACACUAAUGACGUUGUGGAUGUAGGUGAAAAAGAACAAGAAGAGGUUCAACAAGAUGUUGAAAAAUCUGAGCCUACUCCAUCUGCCACUCAUUCUAAGGAAGGCAGGACGAAGGCAGUCAAUCCUUACAUGCCGCCUAUUCCAUUCCCGGGUCGCCUUAAGCAAAACAGACAGGAUAAGUAUUUCAAAGAAAUUUAUGACGUGUUAAGUAAAGUUCAAAUUAACUUGCCCUUGCUUGAUGUGAUAGAACAGAUACCGGCAUAUGGGAAAUUCUUGAAGAGUUUGAAGACUCACAAGCUAAAAUUUGCACCUAAUGAAGGAGUCAGGUUGAAUAAAAAUGUGAGUGCAAUUCUUCAAAGGGACCUUCCGCCCAAGCUAUCCGAUCCGGGUAGUUUUGAUAUACCAAUCACCAUUGGCAACAAGCGACAUGGACAUGCGAUGUUAGAUCUUGGAGCAAGCAUCAACUUAAUGCCAUUCUCGGUUUACAAGGAACUUGGAAUUCAAGGAAUGAAGAAGACAACAGUUCGCCUCGAGCUUGCCGAUCGUUCUGUGAGGCACCCUAAAGGUAUUGUAGAAGAUAUUUUGGUUCAAGUAGAUAAACUCAUUCUUCCUGCAGAUUUCAUUAUUUUGGAUACGGAAGAGAGUGAGAUGAAUGGACAUGAUGCACCUAUACUUCUUGGUCGGCCAUUCAUGGCGACAGCAGACACAUGCAUCCGAGUAAAGGACGGUACCUUGACAAUGACAGUUUUGGGAGAAACUGUGGAACUUAAAGUGUUUGAAGCUCUCUCUUUUCCUUCUACUUCACUUGAUACGUGUUUUUCUAUUGAUACAAUAGAUACAUUGAUUACAUCUACAUUUGUGCAGAAUAAAAUUAUGGAUCUUGAACAGGUUUUGAUAGAAUCACCUAGUGAAGCAGAAGCAAUUGAAAGUGUUGGAGCGGUCUUAGAGAACACCAAACCAUAUCAAGCAAGGUACACGCCUCCAAUUGAGCCAUUGGUAAUGAACAAGACAAAGCUCGAACCAUCUAUCAUCUCUCCACCAAAGUUGGAAUUGAAACCGUUGCCACAACAUCUCAAGUAUGCCUACAUAGGUAAAGAUGAUACUCUUCCGGUAAUUAUUGCUGCGGAUUUGACCAAGGAAGAGGAGGAGAGUCUCAUUCAAGUGCUUAAACGUCAUCAAACGGCUUUGGGAUGGACUAUUGCCGAUAUCAAAGGCCUUAGCCCCACCUUGUGCAUGCAUAGAAUUUUGAUGGAGGAUGAGGUAAGACCAUCACGAGAAUCACAAAGAAGACUCAAUCCAAACAUGAAGGAAGUGGUGAGAGCAGAAGUUCUCAAAUUGCUCGAUGUGGGGGUGAUCAAUCCAAUUUCGGAUAGCAAGUGGGUAAGUCCGGUUCAAGUAGUGCCAAAGAAAUCCGGUAUCACGGAGGUGAAGAACAAGGAUGAUGAACUCAUUCCUACAAGGAUGACUACCGGAUGGAGAGUUUGUAUUGACUACAGGAAGUUGAAUACCGCCACUAGAAAGGAUCACUUUCCUCUCUCUUUCAUUGACCAAAUGCUUGAGCGCUUAUCGGGUCAUUCUCACUAUUGUUUUCUUGAUGGAUUUUCAGGUUAUAAUCAAAUUCCGAUUGCACCUGAAGAUCAAGAAAAGACCACUUUCACAUGCCCAUUUGGUACAUUUGCUUAUAGAAGGAUGCCCUUCGGAUUGUGCAAUGCCCCCGCGACUUUCCAACGUUGUAUGAUGGCAAUUUUUUCCGACAUGGUGGAGCGAAUAAUUGAGGUAUUCAUGGAUGAUUUCUCAGUUUUUGGAUCUUCUUUUGAUGCAUGCCUUGAGAAUUUAGCUCUAGUUUUGCAACGAUGUCAAGAGACGAAUUUAAUUUUGAAUUGGGAAAAAUGUCAUUUUAUGGUUAGGAGGGGUAUCGUACUAGGACAUGUAGUGUCUCAUGAUGGGAUUGAGGUAGACAAAGCAAAAAUUGACCUGAUAAAAAAUUUACCUCCCCCUACUUCUGUUAAAGGUGUUAGAAGUUUUUUAGGACAUGCGGGUUUUUAUAGACGUUUCAUCAAAGACUUUUCUAAGAUCACAAGACCUCUUUGCGAUUUAUUGGCUAAAGAUGCAGUUUUUACUUUUGACAAAGAGUGCUUGGAAGCUUUUAAUGUGUUGAAACAUGCAUUAACCUCGUCUCCUAUUAUCUCUGCCCCUAAUUGGUCAUUACCGUUUGAACUUAUGUGUGAUGCGUCUGAUUAUGCUGUUGGUGCUGUUCUUGGCCAAAAGGAUGGUAAGGCAUCUCAUGUUAUUUAUUAUGCUAGUCGCACUCUGAAUGACGCACAACUUAAUUACUCCACCACAGAAAAAGAGUUGUUGGCGGUUGUAUUUGCUUUGGAAAAAUUUCGUGCUUAUCUAGUUGGUUCCAAAGUAAUUGUUUAUACUGACCAUGCGGCUUUAAAGUAUUUGCUGAAUAAGAAAGAUGCCAAGCCCAGGUUGAUUCGGUGGAUUCUCUUACUUCAAGAGUUUGAUUUGGAAAUCAAAGAUAAAAAGGGUAGUGAGAAUGUGGUGGCCGAUCACCUUUCACGUAUUGUGGAAGAAGGGUUUUGUCAAACGAAUAAGGUGCCGAUCAAUGAGACUUUUCCGGAUGAGCAACUCUUCAUUGUCCACUCAAAGGAACCAUGGUAUGCUGAUUUUGUUAAUUAUCUUGCUUGUGGUGUACUUCACGAGGGACUAACUUUUCAGGAAAAGAAGAGAUUCUUGGCUUCGGUCAAGCACUAUUAUUGGGAGGAUCCUUACUUAUUCAAGCAUGGACCCGACCAAAUAAUUCGCCGGUGCGUUCCUGAAGGAGAAAGAUGUAAUAAUUGUCAAAGGUCGGGCAAUAUUGGUAGAAGGAAUGAGAUGCCUUUGAAUAGCAUUCUGGUGGUUGAGAUGUUUGAUGUGUGGGGUAUUGAUUUUAUGGGUCCUUUCCCCCCUUCUUUUGGCUAUACUUAUAUCCUUGUAGCGGUGGAUUACGUCUCUAAAUGGGUUGAAGCCCUAGCUACUAGGACCAAUGACCAUAGGGUUGUUCUUACAUUCCUUAAGGAUAUGAUUUUUACUAGGUUUGGAACCCCUAGGGCCAUUAUUAGUGACGGUGGUAGUCAUUUUUACAAUAAACCUUUUGCGGCCUUGUUGAAAAAAUACAACAUCACUCACAAAAUAGCCACCCCAUACCAUCCUCAAACAUCGGGUCAAGUGGAAGUUAGCAAUAGGGAGAUCAAACGAAUUUUGGAGAAAACUGUGAACUCCACUAGGCAAGAUUGGGCUAUUAAGCUUAAUGAUGCUUUGUGGGCAUAUAGGACAGCUUUUAAAACACCCAUUGGUAUGAGUCCUUAUCGUCUUGUGUUCGGAAAAGCAUGUCAUUUACCUAUGGAACUUGAGCACGGUGCGUAUUGGGCUAUAAAGAAAUUAAAUUUUGAUAUACAAGCUGCAGGUGAAGAAAGGAAGUUACAACUCAACGAGUUAGAGGAACUUCGUCUUGAAGCUUAUGAAAAUGCAAAGAUUUACAAGGAACGUACUAAGGCGGCACAUGAUAAAUUGAUUCAUAGGAAAACAUUUAACAUGGAUGGAUUCUCAGGAUAUAACCAGAUCAAGAUGGCACCGGAAGAUCAGGAGAAAACUACUUUCAUCACUUUAUGGGGUACCUUUUGUUACAAAGUCAUGCCAUUUGGUCUCAAAAAUGCGGGAGCUACUUAUCAGCGAGCCAUGGUUACUCUGUUUCAUGAUAUGAUGCAUAAAGAGAUUGAGGUGUAUGUGGAUGACAUGAUUGCUAAGUCAAAGGAGGAUGGAGAUCACGUGAUUAACCUGGAGAAGUUGUUCAAGAGGUUGAGAAGGCACCAAUUGAAGUUGAAUCCCUCGAAAUGCACAUUUGGGGCAACCUCAGGGAAGUUGUUGGGUUUUAUUGUCAGUAGAAGAGGUAUUGAAGUGGAUCCUGAGAAAGUGAAGGCGAUCAUGGAAAUGCCUCAUCCUCGCACUGAGAAAGAAGUCAGAGGUUUCUUGGGCAGACUCAAUUAUAUUGCAAGGUUCAUUUCACAGUUGACAACUACGUGUGAGCCAAUUUUUAAGUUGCUUCGGAAGAAUAACCCAUCAGAAUGGAAUGAUGAAUGUCAAAGUGCCUUUGAGAGAAUCAAGCAGUAUUUACAAAAUCCACCGGUCUUGAUGCCUCCCGUUGCUGGGAGCCCGCUUAUUCUCUACUUAACUGUAUCGGGCAAUUCGAUGGGAUGUAUGUUAGGGCAACAUGAUUCAUCGGGGAGGAUAGAGCAUGCGAUCUACUACUUGAAUGGUUAUUCUGGUUAUAACCAAAUUGCCAUUGCUCCCGAAGAUCAAGACAAGACUACUUUCACUUGUCCAUUUGGAACAUUUGCUUAUCGUCGGAUGCCUUUCGGCCUAUGCAAUGCUCCUGCAACAUUUCAGCGUUGCAUGAUAAACAUCUUCUCUGACAUGGUGGAGCGUUUUAUUGAGAUAUUUAUGGAUGAUUUUUCUGUCUUUGGGUCAAGUUUUGACAAUUGCCUUAAAAAUCUGUCUAUUGUGUUGAGGAGAUGUGAAGAAACCAAUUUGGUUCUAAAUUGGGAAAAAUGCCACUUUAUGGUGCAACGAGGAAAUGUGUUGGGGCAUAUUAUCUCCAAAAAUGGGAUUGAAGUUGAUCCGGCAAAGAUUGAGCUUAUAUCAAAGCUUCCUCCUCCGAUCAAUGUGAAAGGAAUUUGUUCUUUUCUGGGACAUGCAGGGUUCUAUAGGAGGUUCAUUCAAGAUUUUUCUAAAAUUGCUAGGCCUUUAUGCAACCUUUUGGCCAAAGUUGCAAUUUUUCUAUUCGAUGAAGCUUGUAUGAGGGCAUUCGAUUUGUUGAAAGAGAAACUUACUACUGCUCCAAUUAUGAUGCCUCCGGAUUUUUCUUUGCCAUUUGAAAUUAUGUGCGAUGCUUCUGACUUUGCCAUUGGAGCGGUGCUUUGUCAACGAGUUGACAAGAAGUCUCAUGUUAUAUAUUAUUCAAGCCAAACACUCAAUGAUGCUCAAGUUAAUUAUACCACCACCGAGAAAGAGUUGUUGGCCAUUGUCUUUGCCUUGGACAAGUUUCGUCAAUAUUUAGCAUGCUCUAAAGUGAUUGUCUACUCUGACCAUGCAGCAUUGCGGUAUUUAUUGUCAAAGAAAGACUCCAAGCCAAGGCUCAUUCGUUGGGUACUGCUUCUCCAAGAGUUUGAUUUGGAGAUUCGGGAUAAAAAGGGGUGCGAGAAUGUAGUUGCUGAUCAUCUCUCUCGGCUCGCUAUCAAGGAAAGCGGUGAAAGAGAUAUGGAUUUCAAUGAGACCUUUCCAGAUGAGCAUUUAUUUGAGGUCGAGGAGGUUCCUUGGUAUGCAGAUAUAGUUAAUUACCUGGUAAGCCGAAAGUUACCUCCAGGCAUGACCACACAUGAGAAAAACAAGUUUCUAUCCUCCAUCAAAUAUUACUAUUGGGAUGAUCCUUAUUUAUUCAGAUGUUGUCCUGAUCAGAUUAUCAGACGAUGUAUUCCGAUUAAUGAGCAAGAAAGUGUUCUUCACUUUUGCCACUCUCAUGUGUGUGGAGGGCAUUUUGGGGGGAAGAAAACUUCUGCCAAGGUACUUCAAUGUGGAUUUUAUUGGCCCUCUUUGUUCAAAGAUGCUCAUUCUUUCUGUUUGACAUGUGAUCGAUGCCAACGCACCGGGAAUAUUUCAGCAAGAGAUCAAAUGCCAUUGAACAAUAUAUUGACUAUUGAGCUAUUUGAUGUGUGGGGGAUUGACUUCAUGGGUCCAUUCCCCAAUUCCCAUGGAAAUCUAUAUAUUUUGGUGGCGUUUGAUUAUGUGAGUAAAUGGGUGGAAGCUCUACCGUGCAAAACCAAUGAUCAUGGUGUGGUUGUGAAUUUCUUGAAAAAUAUGAUCUUUGCAAGGUUUGGAACUCCAAGAGCUAUUAUUAGUGACGGUGGAUCGCAUUUUGCAACAAGUACUUUGAGAAAUUGA